UGUUUGGUGACGUGGAUCUUGCCUUUGUUCUUUCUUCAACAACAGCAAUGUUACAUGCUUUUUAUGUGCUCUUGUCUUUCUCAUUAUUUAUAUUUAUUUCUGUCUAGAGAAACAAAGUAGAUACAAAAUGCAGAAAUUUUGAUUAGAGUUUGAGUUGGCAUAAUAAUCUUUACCUCCAACAAACAACGCUUCAGUUCCAAACAAGUUGGGAUAUUGGUCAGUACCAACAAAAGCAGAUAAAUCAUUUAGCAGUGAAAUAGUAGAGCAUUUAGUUGCUUUCUGACACAUGGGAAAUAAUGAGGACGAGAAAUCUUGUAAGCCUGAGAAAUCAUCUUCAACUGCACCAGAUCAAAGCAAUAUCCACGUGUAUCCUGAUUGGGCUGCUAUGCAGGCAUAUUAUGGUCCUCGGUUAGCUGUACCUCCAUAUGUUAAUUCUGCCGUUACACCUGGUCAUGCUCCUCAUCCUUAUAUGUGGGGACCACUACAGACUAUGAUGCCACCUUAUGGAACACCAUAUGCAGGAGUCUAUGCGCAUGGUGGUGUUUAUGCGCACCCUGGAGUUCCUAUUGUGUCUCGACCUCAGGGUACCGGAAUGACAUCAUCUCCUGCUGUUAGCCAAACCAUGGAUACUGCUUCUUUGAGUAUGGACACUUCUGCUAAGUCUUCGGGAAAUACUGAAAAAGGGCUUAAUGGGCUUGGAAUGUCAAUAGGAAAUUGCAGUGUUGACAAUGGUGAUGGCACUGACCAUGGACCUUCACAGAGUGGGCAAAAUGAAGGUUCAAGUGAUGGAAGUAACACACACUCAGCAGAGGUGGGUGAGAACAGUAAGAAAAGAAGCCGUGAGACAACUCCUGAUAACUCUGAUGAUCGGAAGAGUCAGAAACUGUGCAGUCCACAACGUACUAGGGAGGUAAACGGCCCCUCAGAGAAGGGAACUUCUGUAGCUGUUAAUCCUGGUAGCACAGCAGGAACAUUAUCGGGAACAGUAUUUCCUGCUACUACUCUGGAACUGAGAAAUCCUGUUGGUACACUAGUGAAACCUAGUCCAACUAAUGUUUUACGAAUCAGCCCUGUAGUACGGGGCGAAGCCUGGUUACAGAAUGAACGUGAGCUGAAGCGGGAGAAGAGGAAGCAGUCUAAUCGAGAAUCUGCAAGGAGAUCAAGGUUGAGAAAACAGGCAGAAACUGAAGAAUUGGCAAUGAGGGUUCAAUCUUUAACCUCCGAAAAUUUGGCUCUCAAAUCAGAAAUAAACAAAUUCACCAAAAACUCUGAGAAACUGAAGAUUGAAAAUGCUGCUUUAAUGGAGAGACUGAAAAAUAAACAACAAGGACAAGCAAAAGAGGUAAAAUUAGGUGAGAUCGAUGAUAAGAGGCUGCAACCUGUUAGCACAGAGGACCUAUUAGCAAGAGUCAACAACAAUGGUCCCUUCGAUAGAACCAACGAAGGUGAAUUUCAUGAGAAUAAUAGUACCCCUGGAGCAAAGCUUCAUCAACUCCUUGAUGCAAGCCCCAGGACUGAUGCUGUGGCUGCUAGAUAAUCAUCAUCAAUUAAUAGUCAUGACCGUGCCUUCGACUUUGAAAGAUGUUAAAAGUUUGAUUGUGUAAUUUUGGUGCUAGUUCAAACUUACUGCUAACUGCAGCAGAGGUACAGUACAGAAGAGCAGUAAUAGGACUGUGGAACUUAAGAAAUCCUAAUUUUCGCCUAAUUGUAAUUUAGCCAUGGAUGAAGCUGAGGAGUUUUUUUUUGUCCCUUCACUUCAGAGUACCAUGUUGCAUGAUCUCAUGUAAGAUUUUGGCUUGGAUGUCUAAAAGUAUUGCCUAGGGAGCAUUCAACAAGUGAUCUUUGAGCUGUAUUUGGUGUUAAUAACUGAUGUCUAGUAUUGAGAGUUUUUAUUAUCGAAAAUGCUUACAACAA